GAUAAGCAAAGGCAAAGGCUCAGAAAGCUUGUUGCUCUGGGCUCCCUGAACAACACGGCCAUCUGUGUGAAUUGGCACUGCAGGGUGAGGCCAUUAGCUGCCCUGAGAACAAUGAACAUCUAGUCUCCACCACCAAAGUGAAAAACAGGCGCUGUCAGCUCUUGCAUCUUCUCACCUUUCUUAAGCGUGCACUGAGAUGUCAGGAGCCCCCAAGGAAGGUGUGGGGCCCCGAGGCCUGCCAGCCAUGGGCAAAGCCUGCUUAACCACCAUGGACAAAAAGCUGAACCUGCUGAAUGAGAAGGUUGACAAGCUCUUGCACUUCCAAGAAGACGUCACGGAGAAGCUGCAGUGCGUCUAUCAGGGUAUGGGCCACCUGGAGCAAGGCCUGCACCGGCUGGAGGCCUCCCGCGGUCUGAGUCCAGUGGGAAGUGACCCCCCAUCUGCAGCUGCUCCCCAGGUCGGGUGGCCAGAGGUCCUAGAGCUGGUGAGGGCUGUGCGGCAGGAGGCCGCCCAGCAUGGGGCCACUCUCGAAGCCCUCGUCAGGAUGGUGGUGGCCAUGGACAAGGCUGUUGCUUUGGUGGGGGCUGUGUUCCAGAACUCAAAGGUGGUGGAUCUCAUCCUGCAAGGAAGUGGCCCCUGGAGGGAAGGCAGCCCGGCUGGUGACCCUGCAGAGAAUAAAGAGAGAGUGGAAGAGAAAGGAGCAAAACCCACGCAUGUGCUGAGCAAUAGAGGUGUGCAAGCUGAGAUCAGGGAACCUUGGGAAGAGAGCCAGACAGUAGAUCUGGCAGAGGGGACGGUGGAGAGGCUGAGCCCUGUCACUUCAGGGAUGGGAUUUGACCUCCUCGCCCAGCCAGAGGGCCCCACAGAGCAGGGGGCUGGAGUUCCUGGUCCAGCCCAGCUGCCCCCUGACCACCUGCUGCUGCCCAUAGAGGUGGAAGCCAACGCUUCUGGGGCAUCCAGUGAGAAACCUGGGAAUGACCCUGCAUCGUCUGAGGCACCUGACGGGGGCCAGGAGUCUUCCACUCACCAGGAGGCUGCACUGGCUACAGAACAAGGAACACUGUCCGACAGGCCUGACCCUCAAUCCUCAGAGAACAUCAUGGGACUGACAUCAGAGUCAUCAGCCAUGGUCAAGGCAGCUGACAGUGGAGAACUGGGCCCACGGAUCUCCAUCCAUGUGCAGGAGACGGAUAUACCAGGGGAGCUGCUUGUGACACGAGGGGACGAUCUCAGAGCCACACCACCUGAAGAGGCUCCAGCUGCUGCCUAUCCAGGUGAGCAGGACCCACAGGGACCCAGGGACUGCUCCCAGGUCCCUGGAACUGAGUUAGGAAAUCAGAUCUCAAAAGAAGACAGCAAGUUGUCCCUGCUGCAAAAGGCCGGCAGUGAUGAGGAAGCAAAUGCCGAGGAGACACAGGGCCCCGGGGCUGGAUCCACCAUGGAACCAAGUGAGACCAGGGGGGACAAGAGCGACGAUGCUGGAGUCCUAGGACCAGACAAAGGCCCAGCAGCAGGAAACCUGGAGCCCGGAAAGGACAGUGCAGCCAGGAGCGUUGGCAGUGGGGAAGAAGGAAGGAUGAAGUCCCUGAGCGCAGAAGCUGUGGUUCUGGAUGAUAGUCCAGCCCCACCAGCUCCUUUUGAACACCGGAUGGUGAAUGUCAAGGAGACCUCGACCUCGAUAAGUUACACAAUAUGCCAGCACGAAGUCUUGGGAGGGGGGCGGUUUGGCCAGGUACACAAGUGCACAGAGAAGUCCACCGGCCUCUCGUUGGCAGCCAAGAUCAUCAAAGUGAAGAGUGCCAAGGAGAGGGAGGAUGUGAAGAAUGAGAUCAAUAUCAUGAACCAGCUCAGUCACGUGAACCUGAUCCAGCUCUAUGAUGCCUUUGAGAGCAAGAACAGCUUUACCCUCAUCAUGGAGUACGUGGAUGGGGGUGAACUCUUUGACCGAAUCACAAAUGAGAAGUACCACCUGACUGAGAUGGAUGUGAUCUUGUUCACCAAGCAGAUCUGCGAGGGUGUGCAUUACCUGCAUCAGCACUAUAUCCUGCACCUGGAUCUCAAGCCGGAGAACAUACUGUGUGUCAACCAGACAGGACAUCAAAUUAAGAUCAUUGACUUUGGGCUGGCCAAAAGAUAUAAGCCUCGAGAGAAGCUGAAGGUGAACUUUGGCACUCCUGAGUUCCUCGCCCCGGAAGUAGUCAACUAUGAGUUUGUCUCCUUUCCCACUGACAUGUGGAGUGUGGGAGUCAUCACCUACAUGCUACUCAGUGGUUUAUCCCCAUUUCUAGGGGAAACAGAUGCAGAGACCAUGAAUUUCAUUGUGAAUUGUAGCUGGGAUUUUGAUGCUGAUACCUUUGAAGGGUUGACAGAGGAGGCCAAGGACUUUGUUUCCCGACUGCUGGUCAAAGAGAAGAGCUGCAGAAUGAGUGCCACACAGUGCCUGAAACAUGAGUGGCUGAAUAAUUUGCCUGCCAAAGCUUCAAAAUCUAAAAUAUGUCUCAAAUCUCAGUUAUUGCUGCAGAAGUACAUGGCUCAGAGGAAAUGGAAGAAACAUUUCUACGUGGUGACCGCUGCCAACAGAUUAAGGAAAUUCUCAACUUCUCCCUAAUCUUCAACUCUGGUGUUCCCUAGACCUAGAAAUUAUUGAGACUGGUGGUAAAGUGAUGCCUCAAGUAUCUACACAAUGUGGCCUUUUACUAAUAUUGAUUCCAAUUAUUUUGUUUAAAAUGUUAUAGCUGUUGCUUUUCUUAUAAACAAAGAAAAAAAAGACUAGAGAAAGUAACCUAAGAAUGUUUUCUACCUUAUGUUUGAAUUGUCUAUUUACUUUUCAAGUGUACCUACUUUAGGUGAUAAGUAUAGUCAUGCUUUAUGUAGAUAGGAAAAUCUUUACUUUGGAUAUAUCAAAGUUUAAAUUCUAAGCUUACUCUGAUUAAAGAACCCAGUAGACAAAUGGGUAUAUUUUAGUUUGCUCAAGUGUGAGCUGACAUUUUUUCUUACAUGAUUCCACUCAAAUGUAAACUAAUGUAGAUUUAAGAAAACAAACCUCAAACUUGUA